AUGGAGUUGAUCUAUUGCCUGGACCAGGGUUCAGAUUCCAGAACUGUGCAAUGGAUUCAGGGGGGAGGGGAAGGGGAAAGGGAAGAAGGUGGGGCGGCUGGGAAGGGGGAAAGGGAAGGGGAAGAGGGUGGGGCGGCUGAGAAGGGUGAAGGGGAAAAGAGGAAGGAGAAGGCUGGGAAGGGGGAAGGGGAAGGGGAAGGGGGUGGGGCGGCUGAGAAGGGUGAAGGGGAAAAGAGGAAGGAGAAGGCUGGGAAGGGGGAAGGGGAAGGGGGUGGGGCGGCUGAGAAGGGUGAAGGGAAAAAGGGGAAGGAGAAGGCUGGGAAGGGGAAGGGGAAGGGGGUGGGGCGGCUGAGAAUGGAGAAGGGGGAAAGGGGAAGGGCAAGGGCAAGGGAAGGGAAGGCUGGAAAGGGAGAGGUGAGGGGGGGUGGCGGCUGCCGCUGGAAAGGAGUAAAUUGA